AUGACGGUGCAUCCCGGCUCCCGUCAUGGUCUCGUGGCGCUCCUUGCGGCGCUCGCAUGCUGCCGCCUGCCGUGCAUGUCACUCGCAGUGCCCAUCGCGGACUCGCAAGGUGCGCUGGUCGCAAGGUGCGCUGGUCGCAAGGUGCGCUGGUCGCAAGGUGCGUUGGUCGCAAGGUGCGUUUGUCGCAAGGUGCGGUGGUCGCAAGGUGCGCUGGUCGCAAG